AUGCACGCUAUUUCGACUAUCCUGCCUGUUGUGGGCCUGUUCGGCUCUCUGGCCUCGGCCAAGUACAGCUUGCAUGAUGAUUAUAGCAGCAGCACCUUCUUUGACAAGUUCAACUUCUACACGGACACCGACCCAACCAACGGUUACGUGAACUAUGUCAACCGUGAUACGGCCCAAAGCAACGGUCUUAUCAAUGCCUCCUCCAGCAACGGAGUCUACAUUGGCGUGGACCACAGCAACACAGCCAGCAAGCCUGGCCGUAACAGCGUGCGCCUCGAAAGCACAAACACCUACACGCAUGGCCUUGUUAUCCUCGACCUAGCCCACAUGCCCGGCAGCGUCUGCGGCACCUGGCCGGCCUUCUGGAUGCUGGGCUCCAACUGGCCCUCUAACGGCGAAAUCGACAUCAUCGAAGGCGUGAACGACCAAUCCCAAAACCAAAUGACCCUCCACACUAGCGACGGAUGCUCUAUCGAAAACUCCGGAUUCUCCGGCACCCUCGAUACAAGCAACUGCUACGUCGACGCAAGUGGCCAGUCCGCUAACAGCGGCUGCGCAAUCCAGAACAGCAACACCCAGUCCUACGGCAGCGGAUUCAACAAUGCCGGUGGUGGUGUCUACGCAACUGAAUGGACCGGUGACGCAAUCUCAGUCUGGUUCUUCCCCUCCAGUUCCAUCCCAUCCGACAUUUCAUCCGGAAGCCCAGAUCCAACCGGCUGGGGUACCCCUGCUGCCAAGUUCGCCGGAUCCUGCGACAUCGACAGCCACUUCAACGAUCUCCAGAUCGUCUUCGACAUCACCUUCUGCGGCGACUGGGCUGGCGCAGACAGUGCCAGCACUUGCAACGACUACGUCCAGAACAACCCCUCCGCAUUCAAGGAUACAUACUGGCAACUCAACUCAUUGAAGGUGUACCAGGAGUCCAGCUCCGGCCUUGAAAUCGACGUCGAUCUGAACGUUGAUCUCUCUGGAAAGAAGACUGCGAAGACUGCUCGGACUGAUGCUUACCCUUACCUGCGUCCUGGACCCCGGCCUCAUGGGAAGCACCGCCGUGGCAAAACCCAUGGACACGGUCAUGCCUAG